UCAAUACAUUGCCUCAUUUUGACUGUUCCUGCUGUCACCUGAAAUGGGACCAGAGACACUUCCAAUAGAAAUUCUCUUUCCCAUUCUUGCAAUCUUUGGAAUUCCUGGGAAGUGCGGCCUUUCUCGAGGAAUCACUCACUACAUGACUGCCAUGGCAACAGGAGAUCUGAUGGUCCUUGUCUUCAAUGUGAUUGUGAGCCAAAUCAUCAGUUAUCAUUUCCCGAGCUGGCUGCUGACCUACACUCCUGUCUGCAGACUCAAUGCUUUCCUGCAAGGGCUGAGCCUCCAACUCUCCAUCUGGUUUACCAUAGCCUUCACCUUUGACCGCUUUGUAGCAAUUUGCUGCAACAAAUUAAAGAUGAGGUAUUGCACUGAAAGAACGGCCAACGUGGUCAUCUCCACCUUAACCAUGCUUAACAUUUUGAUCAACAUUCCCUUCUCUUUUCGCCUUGAGCCCAGUUACGUUCUGAACAAUGUACAGAGGGGCUGCCGCACUGUCAGUGGUUACUUGACUUCAUCAGCAUGGGCAGCCCAUCGGUGGGUCACCAAUAUCUCAAGCACAUUUCUUCCUAUUACCCUGCUGCUGCUGUUGAAUACUCUCACUGCCCGAAACAUCCUCGUGGCCAGCAGAGCUCGGCGAGCCCUGAAGAGCAGUAGUGGUGGUGCUGGGAAGAUGGGCAGUGACCACGAGCUGAAGAGCAGGAAGACCUCCAUUGUUCUGCUCUUCACCAUCUCUGGCUGCUUCAUGGUGCUGUCGGUGCCCAUCACUGUCAUUUCAAUUUGUGUCAGUUUCACCCACCUUUUGGCUUACCAAAGUUCCAACUCUCUCUAUUUGGCAAUCAGGGUGACAUUCCUGAUGACGUGCACCAGCUCCUGCACAAACACUUGUAUUUACGCACUGACCCAGAGGAGAUUCAGAGAGGAGAUAAAGAAUCUGCUGAAAUCUCCCUAUUAUCUGCUCCUUAAGCUACAGAAAUAAUUUGCUUUUGCAGUGGGAUGUGGUGAUCCAAUGAUAACC